AGGAUAAGUAAAACCCUUACUGCCAAAAGCAAUUGCCCAAAAGGCACAAAUCACAUCUUCAAAAAACAACAUCCAUACAUUGCAAGCUGCAAUCCAUGCACAGAACACCAUAUGUUCCUUAAACCUUCCAAGGUUGCCAAGUUAAUCCUCUUAUUUUACCAUAAUUCUAGUAACAGCACUCAGAAAUCAGUGUUCAAAGAUCCAACACAAUACACCAACAUUUGAGACAUGUGGCACUGAGUAGCAUCCAUUCCCCACUACUCUAUUCUAUUCAACUUGUCUCAAAUCAAUGAGUUUUCGCCUCCAACUCCAACUCCAAGGCAUCAUCAUCAACAACACCUUUCGCCCACGUCACUUCUUCUUCCCAUUUCCCCGCUUUUCCCAUUCCAUCUCAACAAGUUUCAGUUGUGGGAAUUUGGAAAUGGAAGAUAUGAAACUAGCUUCCGAAUUAUCAGUGGGUGAUCCUGUUUUGCUGGACCAGAAAAUUGCUGCAAUUCGUUUGGCCGGUCCUCACAAGCUUCAGGUGAUUGUUGAUUUUGAUGCUACAUUAACCAAGUUUUGGGUUAAUGGAACUCGUGGCCAAAGCAGUCAUGGCCUUUUGCAGCAGGGUAAUCCAGAAUAUGAUGCCAAAAGGCAGCAGUUGUAUGAAUAUUACCAUCCAUUAGAAUUUUCGCCGACUAUUGGACUUGAAGAGAAGACGAAGCUCAUGGAAGAGUGGUGGGGGAAAACGCAUGGUCUUCUUAUUGAGGGAGGACUCACGUAUGAGUCGAUAAGACAAUCAGUUGCUAAUGCCAACAUAGCUUUCAGGGAAGGUGUUACUGAACUUUUUGAGUUUCUGGAGGAAAGAGACAUUCCUGUGUUAAUAUUCUCAGCAGGGCUUGCCGAUAUCAUUGAAGAGGUUCUGAGGCAGAAACUUCACAGAUCCUUCAAAAAUGUGAAGAUAGUAUCCAACAGGAUGGUAUUUGAUGAUGAUGGCCGCCUUGUAUCUUUUAAAGGAAAACUGAUUCAUAGCUUAAAUAAAAAUGAGCAUGCUCUUGAUAUGGCUGCGCCUGUUCAUGAGCAAUUUGGUGAUAUGGAUGAUCCAACUGAUGACAAUGCAUUAGUCAAGAAGAGAACCAAUGUUCUCCUUCUCGGCGAUCAUGUUGGAGACUUGGGAAUGUCUGAUGGCUUGAAUUAUGAGACUCGAAUUUCAGUGGGAUUCUUGAACCACAACAUUGAGAACUCACUUAGCUGCUAUCGAGAAGCUUUUGAUGUUGUUUUACUGAAUGAUGCACCCAUGUGGGGAGUUAUCAAACUGGCCUCUCUUCUGUGUUCAAGUGGGAGGUGAUUAUUUUGCAGAAAUCACAUAUUCUUAGCAGUCUCAUUGUUUUCUUGUCUUGCACAUCCGAGGUCACUCAUUAUUUCCCCUCAUAUUCGGAUUUGAGUGGCCUUUAGUGAAACCAUGGUUACAGGCUUACAGCCAAGUUUUUCCUUCCUAGAUAUGGCAGGUGAUUAGUUAGGCUAGACCAUAGUUACUUUACUAAAUAUGUUUACAAGUUAUGCUGUAAUCUCUACAUGGCACACAAACCGCAUUUUCUGUUAUUCAAGGUUCAUUUCAGUCUCUGUGCCAUGGCUUUGCUUGUGUACAUUACCUUAGGCAGGCAAAAAUAUUGCCUGUAUUCACCUGAGUCUGUCUUUAGAAGUUGAUUUACAAGUACUUUAUAAUAAGCAUAGCCAGUAUUUAUUUUAA